AUGGCCCAGCCCCAGGAAAAUGCCAGUGACAUCGGUGCUGUUUUCUACGUUUGCGCCAGAAGCGACGGCGACUGCAGCCCCCUGAGAAGGGAGGAGCUGAGGCAGCUCAUGGAGCAGGAGUUUGCAGAUGCGAUGGAGAACCCGCAGGACCCCAAAACUGUGAAGAAGUUGCUGCGCUUCCUGGAUGAUGACAGCAACCACAGGCUUGACUUCAGUGAAUUGCUCAGCCUGGUUUUCCGCACAGCCAAGGCUUGUUACAAGCCGCUCCAGCAGGGACUGGCACCAGAAGAUGGUCAAGAGCCAAGAGAGCAAGAGGAGGCAGGCGGGGAGCAGCCACCGGGGCCACGCACAGUGGGGAGGGUCUCCUGCAACCAGCAGGACCCCGAGCAGGGUGUGAACAGUCAGGACCAGGACACUGAGACACAGGACCCAGAUAACCCUCAAACCCAGGAGGGUGAGACACAGGAGAAGGACCAGGACAACCGUCAAACCCAGGAGGGUGAGACACAGGAGAAGGACCAGGACAACCGUCAAACCCAGGAGGGUGAGACACCAGAGCAGGACCAGGACAACCAUCAAACACAGGAGGGUAAGACACAGGAGAAGGACCAGGACAACCGUCAAACCCAGGAGGGUGAGACACCAAAGCAGGACCAGGACAACCGUCAAACCCGGGAGGGUGAGACACCAAAGCAGGACCAGGACAACCAUCAAACCCAGGAGGGUGAGACACCAGAGCAGAACGAGGAUGACCGUCAAACCCAGGAGGGUGAGGCAAAGGAGCAGGACCAGGAUGAGGAUGGCAGGGCUGAAGAACCAGAAGGGAAUCCAGAGAGAGGUGAGAUUCUGGGCACAGUAACCCCAGGGCAGGCCAGAAAUACUCAUAAGGCUGAAGAGACUGAGGCACUAACACAGGACCCAAAAACCCGCCAGGCCAAAGAAACUGAGGCACAAGGACAGGGUUCAAACCACCAUCAAAGUCCAGAGAAAGAGUCAGCAGAGCAGGACCUUAAUUGUCUCUCUGAGACACGAGGAAGAGACCCAAACAACAAGACCCAGGACUGCAAGGCCCCUCAGCAGGGCCCCAACCCUGGCAAGACCCAGAAGCUGCUGCCCCUACAGCGGGGUGCAAGCCCCCAUCGGGAUCCCAAGCCCCAGGGAACGCACCGUGAUACGGAUUUCCAUCGGCUCCCCGAAUCCAAGGUGCUGGAGCAGGAGCACAAUGGGGCAGAGGCUCCGUCUUGUCCAGCACAACAGCCACAAGAUGUUCAUCAACACAUACAACCCCCUAUAGAGCAACAGGUCCUGCAGUCUCUGUAUCAGUGGCCACCACAGCAGUAA